UUUAUAGCAUUUGUCCAUAACAUCCUUUCAUAGAAACAUUCAGUUAAAAAAAAUAUUGUGCAUUGCUCAGCUUAGAUCCGCUUUCAAAAUGAUACCUGAAAGAAACAGUUUAUAUUCGUCCGACGAGCGACACGGACGCAAUAAUAAAGUGCAACAAAUACGCGACGGUAACAUUUGAGUGAAGUCGUGAAAAGUGGUGGUAGUAAAUUGAUGAAAAUUAGUCUCUCCCACUUCUAUUGAAAAAAAAUUGAAUAUAAAUGAAAUUAGCAAACAUAUUAAGCAAAUGAAAAGUGGGAAAUUCGCAGUGCAAAGUGCAGUAGAAAGUGUGCAAUUGCCAAUUGAGUUUGUGGUUGUACAAGAAAAAAUCACAAAUCGGUGAGAAAGGCGAAGGAGUGAAAGAAAAGUGUACGCAAAACAAGAAUUUUUUGUGUACUCCACAAGCGAGCGCGAGCGUACGAAGCAGCGGCGAAGAAGCCUGCCAUCGCGCCGUCACAGAAAAUCAAAGUGAAAAAGGAAAACGAGCGAAAAAUAGUGAAGUAGGAAGGAAAAUCCUUAAACAAAAAUCAGGAAAAUUUGUAUUUUGAGCGAAAAAAACACAAUAGUGUAAAAUUUACGUUUUCGCCAGUGUCAAUGUGUGUGUGUAUGUUGUAGGUGUAUAUGCAUGUAUUUAUGUGAAAAUUUCGAAAAGUGAAAAGUGCAUGCAUUGCAUUGCAUUCCAAUGUGCCAGCUAAGUACAACAACAACAACCGACCAACCAACCAAAAAUUUGUGCAGUUGUGUAAAGAGUGGUGCUUUAAGUGUUGGGCAAAAAAAGUAGCCGUUGAAGUGGUAAGCAUACAAACAAGCGCUAAAGUAAAGCUCAUGGCAUGAAAAAUUUUAAUAUUAAAUAAAAUAUUCACAAAAUUGAGAGAGAGAUAAAAGGAAUACAAAAAAAAAAAUAGAAAAGAAGAAAUAGCGUUUGGGGUUUUGUCUGCGCUGCUUCAGUUCAGCUACACUCAUAUAAGUGUAUCCGUUUGUGAAUGUGUAAGUGUUUGUGUGCGUGAACGGAUUAUUGGAUUAUUACCUGUUUCGCUUCUUCUGUCAGUGCUGUUUGCAGCGACAGCGAAACUCGUCGACGUCGACGUCAACGUCAACGGCAACGCCGCCGAACACCGACAUUUGGCCAGCACAGCGACCUGACAUUUUUUCGGCUUUGCUUUACGGAUUAUUCGUCGCCGCUUGCCGCAACCAUAGUUGGUUCAUACCACCGAUUUGCCCACAAAAUAUGCAGCAGAAGCACCAGCAUCGCCAGCUUCAUCAACAUUAAAGCAUUAAUGGUAUGGCAGAGACAGCUAACGACCGCAUCGCCACAUUAAAUGCAAUUUCUUGGCAUUAAUUUUUAACGUUACGGCAGAGCAAGCAAUAAGAGCACCACGACCACCAUUACCAGCAACAACAACAACCAUAACGAGAAGGUAAAUAACGAAAGAAAAAUCAACUACAGUAGGAAAGUAUACAUUCAGUCUACUGCUUGCUUGCACACUGCACUCCGACGACGCUUACGCACACGGCAGUUUUGCUACGCCGGCCGCGCUUUGGAAUGUUGUACGAGUACAUAUUUGCCCCGUAUUUUGUUGCUGGCAGUGACAAGCCGACAUGCAACUGACUCGACUGAAGUGACUUUGGUUGGCCAACAGCAUACAGCAUACUUGUGCAGUAGUUUUGUUUGUGUGUGUGUGUGUGUGCAUUGCUGCAUGCAAACAAACGUGAAGUAGAAGUGAGCCGGAAGGCAGCGCACAAGCAGAGAGUGUCGUUUUAUCAGCGUGAAUAAAUUUCGAAAGAAAUUUUUAUCAACGUGCUACAAGUAACAACAAAAACAAAUACAAAUAAAAAUGAAAAUAAAAAUGAAGUUGAAAAUAAAAGUGAAAUAAAAAGUGUGCAGCAAGUAGCUGGAGCUGGAGAUGAAGAACGAAACGAGGCAAACAAAUCGAAUCGAUACGAGUAGGCAAAUUUGUUGAAUUUUUGUUUUUUUUUUCUGUGAUUGUUGGCAUCUUUCUUUGUAUGCGCUUGUGUGUGUAACAGCCAUAGAAAAGCCAAACUCACCUACACAUGCAUGCAUACGUACAUAUUUGUUUAUAUGUAUGGCCAAAUGCAAACAGACAAAUGUCUACAACUGUAAAUACGCUUAUGAGAGCAGUGCAAUUGAGCUGAGUGCGGCAAGAAGGAGUUGAGAAAUAUUGAGUCAUAAAAAAUAUCAUAAAAAUGGAAAAGAGGCAGCGGGCAAAUGUAGAGUGAAAAUAAAUGCAACCAGAAAUAAGGGCUUGCGUAAACAAAAUAGAAGAAAUAGAAAUUGAAAGUAAACUGAUACAAAAAGAAAAAUAAGCAAAAAUAUAAAUGAAGAAGUCAAAAGUGCAUAAAGUAAGGUAUGAAGUAGUCGCAAUACGCUUGAGAAAUUGAAAGUAAACUAAAACAUAAAAAUAGUAGAAAUAAACAAUAAAAUAAUAAAAAAAGUAAAAAGAAAAACGAAAAACGAAAUGUGCUGAGUGAUAAAUUCCUCCCCCCUGCAAAUACGUUAAUAAACGACGAUUUGUUUAACAUUUGUAGCGCGGAGCAAUAUUUGCUACGCUCGCUCGCCAUUAUUGACAACUGUAACGAAGACGCGGCGCGGCGCGGCGGUACGCCUGUCACGAUCGACAGUCACGCGGCGACAGUGUCACAUUGACGCAGACGGGACAGCGCAAGAAGACAGCGCUGUAGUGUUGUGCGACGAGACAGUCAGUCAGUUUGUCAGUAAAGCAGUCAAUCAAUGCAAGUGGGAGCCGUGCGCGGCAGACAAUCAAUCGGGCUUUUAGUGCAACACAAACGCUUGCGCAGUGCAUCGCACAGGCAGACAGGCAGUCAAGCAGUGAGUUUGUCACGUAUUGAAGACAUUCAUAUAUGCACACAUACAUACAUACAUACAUGUGUAUAUUUGCAACGCUCACAACCCGGUGCACAGACUGAACCCAAGGCGAACUGAGUGAAUUUGUAAACGUACAAUAAAUUUCUAUAUAAACUGUCUACUGACAACUGAAAAGUGAAUGAAAGAUACAAAUCGCGCACAUCAACAUCAGCGCAGUGGUGAAUUGACAGUUUUACGAGGGGUGCAUUCGACUCCAGAGGAGUGCACAUUGCAACGGUUAAAAGUGUGUGGUAUUGUAUUGAUGAGGCGCAGCUGUAUUGUGGCAAGCAAAGUAUGGGAAGCGGCCUACAAUAAUUGUGAGUGUAAAUAAAUAAAGCCGCCGACGCACUUGAAGAGCCUAACAAGCCGAAGCUAACGAGUGAACGUACAAACCUAACAAAAAAACACAAAAAACAAAUCCACAAAAAAAAGCCAAAACUGCCACGCCCAUACGCCCACCCGCAGACUUAACAAUACAAGUAUUGUUGAACGUUAGCCUCGGUCAUACCACCCGCUGUUACAGCAGCGCACCACAGUGGCGCGCGCACGGUUCGGUGUUUGGAAACUUUGCUGCCAACACUACAACAACAAGCGUAAAUAAAUCACAACAACAACAGCAACCACAGCCGGAGCUAUCUAACACAAACUACAGAAACUUUGAGCAUAGAAAGCAAUACGCGCAGUUCACCAACAACAACAACAACAGCAGUAGUACAACAACAACAUCAGCGUUCUUGUUGUUGUUUCACCACUUGAGGAACACAAAUCCAAUGGAAAAUGAUGUUCCACACUAGCAGCAGCAGCAGCUACAAAAGCAAAAACUAUUGCAGAAGCAAACACAACGGUAAUGUACUCAGCGGCGUCGACCAGAGUUUGCUGAGCGCAGUGGCCACCACCAUUGCCGCGGCGCAUGUAUCGGCAACCUCCGUGUUGACGCCAAAGCAACGCAGCAGCAGUUAUAAGAAAUAUCGGCGCGCGAAACCGCUAGACGAUAGCAGCUGCGCAAGCACACACAACUUGGGCAACAACACCAACAACUGCAACAACAGCGGGAGUGAAAGUUCUAUUACCACAUUUUUGCCCACAACCGCAAGCACAGCAUUGGUAGCAGGACCGCCCAGUGUAAGUGCGCCCACUCCAGCACGCGGCGAAAGCGCGCAAUUGCAUAGUCAAAGGCGCCGUGGCUCUGCGUCGCCUAUCACUUGGUGGUCUGUUUUAUCGUCGCCGUCGUCAUCGUCGUCCACGCCAACAUUACGAUGGGCACUCGUCUCUGCGGCAUUGGCCACCCUUUUUAGAGCUUGUGGCGCGCUCAGCUUGUCGCUAUGCGUUCUAUUGCUAUUGCGACUAGCUCCCGCUGUCAGCGGCCUUGCGGUGGGCGUGGAUACCACAAAUGCGAACAUCACGGAUUUGGGUAGUCCUGCCAAUUACAAUAUGAAUUCUAUAUUUAUUUGCAGAAUUUUCACAUCUGUGGGAGAGGCAAAGUUACUAUUCUAUAUUUUUCUAUUUUCAGGUUACAAAUAAAUAAAUUUUUAAUU